CAACCUCCAUAAAACAAACAUCACAAAGAAGAACUGUCAGCUGUUUAAAUGUAGAAGAAGAGGAGGAGGAGGAAGUGUCAGCAGUGACGUGCCAUGGAGGGUGAGCGGGUGCCAUGGCGGGUGCUCGAGCUCUACAGUGGGAUAGGAGGGAUGCAUUAUGCUUUAAAGGAGAGUGGCAUACCUGCCCAGGUAGUGGCUGCCAUCGACAUAAACACCACGGCCAAUCAAAUCUACGGGCACAAUUUCCCUGACACGGCCCUGUGGAACAAGACCAUUGAGGGCAUAUCACUAGAGGACUUCAAUAAACUAUCUAUUGACAUGAUUUUGAUGAGUCCUCCGUGCCAGCCUUUCACCAGGUUAGGACUUCAGGGGGACGUUGCUGACCUGAGAACCAAGAGCUUCCUCUACAUCCUCGAUCUUCUGCCAAGGCUGCGCAGGCUGCCGCGCUUCAUCCUGCUGGAGAACGUCAAAGGCUUCGAGAGCUCCUCUGCCAGGGAACGUUUGGUGAAAACACUCGUGGAAUGUGGAUACACUUUCCAUGAGAUCAUGGUCUCCCCUACAAGUGUCGGGAUGCCAAAUUCCAGACUGCGUUAUUUCCUGAUCGCCAAGAUUUCAACAGAAAACUUCAUCAGUUCAAAGAUUUUAGAUGCCUUCCCACAUCCUGCUGAGAGGGACUCCCCUGAGCCGCCCACAGUGUCGAGCCCUCCCUGCUCAGGUACCUGGCAGCCAGAGGAGGGAAAGCAGGGGGGUCAGGUUCUGUAUAAGCUCGAGACCACAAUGGAUGCCCAGAGGAAGAGGAGUCAGAACAACAAUCUGUCUGUCAGGCAGGUCCAAGACUUCCUGCAACCACAGACGGAAGUAAACAUGGAAGACUUUCUCCUUCCUCCUAAAACUCUGCUGCGAUAUGCUCUGCUCCUGGACAUAGUCAGGCCCACAUGCAGGAGGUCUGUGUGCUUCACCAAAGGCUAUGGGCGGUAUGUGGAGGGAACUGGCUCAGUGCUGCAGUGCUGCAUGGAAACAGAGAUGGACAGUGUGUUUGGAGGUCUGGACCAGUGCUCUGAAGAAGAGAAACUGCAGCGGCUGUUGAAGCUGAAGCUCCGUUAUUUCACCCCGAGAGAAGUUGCCAACCUCAUGGGCUUCCCCCAAAGCUUCUCCUUCCCAGAGCAGAUCAGCACCAGGCAGCAGUACAGAGUUCUAGGCAACAGCCUCAACGUUGUGGUGGUGGCCAGACUCCUCCAGCUGCUGGUCUCCUAGCAACACUCUGAAGGAAGAGACCAUCCCAUUUGUCACUGUGGAUUAUUCAUGAUAAUAUAUGUAUAAUGUAUAUGCAUAUUACUCUCUACCCAAUGGCAGUGCUUCAAAAUGUAUAGUCUACUUUUUGUUGGGGAUGUUAACUGGCCAAACGUUGCACUAACUUUUAAGUCUUGUUUUAUUACAUUUCACUUCAAACUGUACAAGUCCUUUUCUAUAAGCAUAAAGUAUAGAUUAUUUAAUAAUGUACUAAAAACGUACCUGUAAAGCACA